GCGGGCGUGAGCGGGGACGCGCCGAGCGGUUGCCCGGGAGAAGAGGAAGACGCUCCAGUUCCGGGUCAGGCGCUGCUCCCGCCUUCCGCGGCCUCCGCCAUGGCUAGCGGCAGCGGUGCCGGGGCGGCGGCGGCGGCGAACCUGAAUGCAGUGAGGGAGACCAUGGACGUUCUUCUUGAGAUUUCAAGAAUUUUGAAUACUGGUUUAGAUAUGGAAACCCUGUCUAUUUGUGUACGGCUUUGUGAACAAGGAAUUAACCCAGAAGCCUUAUCAUCUGUUAUUAAGGAGCUUCGCAAGGCCUCUGAAGCACUCAAGGCUACUGAAAAUAUGACAAGCUGAUUUUCUGGAGUAAUUCUGAUGAGAUUUCAGCUCUUCAAAAGAAUUUGAAGAUCACAGUGUCAUCAAGAAUGUCCAGUUAGAUUACUACAUGAGCAUUUUUUUUCCUUUUUAAAAGAAUUAUAGAACCAUAGCUUUAUAAGUCAGGGGAAAGUUGCUUACAUGAUGAACUAUCAUAUGUGUUCAUAUCACAUCUUAUGGGCUCAUUUUAAUAGUCUCUGCUUUGGCAUUGCUGUGUUCAUAUUUAUGUAUUCCUUAUUUAUAGCUCUGAUAGCUUUAAUUUUCUAAGCAAUCUGUCUAUCAGAUGUGCACAUCUGCUGUGCCUGGUUGAAGAAUAGUGGAACCUAUCACCAGUAAUGUAUAGUAGUUAUGACUUGUUGACAUUUCCAUUAUAAACUUUAAUUUUGAAUUGUU